GGAUGUUGGAUGCUAGAGUGCCUAUGAUGCAAGUCAAUACUUCUUUCAGAGUUUUUAGCGCUUAUUAUGAAGGCAACAUAAAUUGUUGCAAUUGUUGGGAUGGUGGUCUUGCGUGAUUUGAGAUCAGAGUUUUAUGCCGAGGUUGUUGGAAAACGAGUCCUUGUAUUCGUUUGUCCUGAUGUAGACGGUUUGUGUACUUGGAGAAUUUUGAAGGAACUUUUGAAACAUAGAAAUGUACUGUAUACGCUUGUGGUUGUUAGAGAUAAAGCAGACCUAAAAGAGACUUACGCGAAGAAUCGUGACUUUUUCCAAGUAGUAGUAUUAAUAAAUUGCGGGGCUAAUUUCGAUAUUGUGGGUAACCUGGAUCCUCUAGAGCAGUGUAUAUUUUACGUAUGCGAUAGUCACCGUCCCAUCCAUAUCAACAAUUUUUACAAUCAGAGGCAGAUUAAACUCAUGUGUCUCAACGAAGAUACUACUUUAGUGCCUAGGUUUGAGGAUGUUUUUCAGGAUUUUUCGAGUGAUGAGUCUGAUGGGGAUUCUGAAGAGCAACAAGGCAGGAAGCUGCAACCUGAUGAUGUUGAGAAGAGGAUAGAGAAAAGAAGGUGGAACAGGCGGAGACAAGAACUUCUGAUGGACUAUGAAAGUUUUUCCUACUAUACUGUUGCAUCAUCUGUUGUCAUGUUUGAUUUGGCUUGGAAGCUGUCUCAAGAAAACAACUGUCUUCUAUGGUAUGGAAUAGUUGGUCAAACUUCUCAACUUAUAACUCAUGCUAUAAAUCGUGAACAUUAUAUUGACCAACUAGACUAUCUCCAAAGUCAUAUGAGUCGUUUGAGUCAUGUUGGCCAGAUUCAUUCCGGAACAAGUACUAAUGAUGAAAACAAAGCUAGAAUUGAAAUUAUGUUUGAAGAUGAAUUAUCCUUAUGGCUCUAUAGACACUGGAGCUUAAAGGAGGCUAUGGAAACCAGUAUGGUUACAGCAUCCAAAUUUAAACUUUUUACUGAAGGGGGACAACGACGUAUGUAUGAAUUCCUUGUGCAAUUGGGACUUCCAAGACGCGAAUGUGCGCAGUUGUAUUCCUCUAUGAGUAGUAGUUUACGUGAUACUUUAAAUGCGCAGUUUUUACAGUAUGGUGAAAAAUAUGGCCUUUCACGAACAGACUUAUUCCUCCCGUCAUUCAUUGUUCAUUUGGGAUACCGAACACCUAUGUCUGCGGUUGAUGCUGUAUUUCUAACUAUAUCUGCCUUAGAGUGUUAUAACAGUGGUUGUCCGAUAGAAAACUUUCAAUCAGCGUUGGAUGCAGUAGCAUGUUGGAAUUCACCGUCGCUCGAUCAAGAAAUUCACCAGGCAGAAAUUCAUCUCCAGAGUUUAGCUAAUCAAGUCCGAAGUCUUUUAGAUACAGAUGAUGUGGUUGCAUUUGGGCCUUUUUUAUAUGUAUAUAUUAGAAAGAGCUCUCUGGUUACGCAUGCACUGAGAAAUAGUCAAUCCUUGGCAAUUUUGUCGAAAUACAUUCUUAUGGCCAAAGCAUCAAUGAGAGCAAAAUUGGGUCAUGGGAGGAGAGUUGUUCAAAUGCCUUUAAUUGUCUGUGUAGACAGUAAAACAGAUGAAAAUUAUAUUUCCCUUUUGGGAAUUCCUCCAAUUCACGGAGAUGAUGAUCGAAAUUUAUUCGGCCAAGCUUUUGAAGCUGCUAUAAGUCGUACUAAAGCACGUGCUGAAUUUAAAUACUUCAGUACUAACUGUAUUGAGCUUCAUAAAGAAGAUAUGUUGAAGCUUUUCGAAGCACUUUCCACUCUCCUGACUUAAUUUUCUCGUACUUUACUGGCAAUAAAUCCUUAAUUUUCCCAAUAAGUGUUUUCUGUACAUAUGUAUUAAAUGUAACUUCCCGUUUUCCCGUCUCUCCUGUUAUCUACCUCACUUAGUGAACUACUCAAGGUUUUGUAUGUUUCUUAUCAUAUUUUACUUAGCAUUCUCCACUGUAAUGUACAUAUUUAUUCAGUGUUUUCACUAACAGAUUAUGUAACUAAUACAAAUUACUGAGUACAUCUUAUU